CGAACAGCACCAUGCCAAGUGGAAGAAACAGAAGAUGAUUCUUUAGGUCAAACCAGUAUAUGAUGCCAUCAUCUCAUUAGAUUGAGGUCAAGAUUUUGUAGUCGGUAGAAGAAAAUCGCGGCUAUGGCGGACCAGAAACAGCAAGAAGUCAUCAAUCCAUGGGGUGUAAAAUCAUGGACAUACCUCUCAUCUCUCCGUCAACAAUCGCCGUUAAUACAAUGCAUCACCAACUUCGUAUCCAUGGAUAUAAUGGCCAAUACCCUCUUAGCUGCCGGUGCAUCACCGGCGAUGGUCCACUCGAUUCUCGAAAUCCCAGAUUUCACUCCUCAUAUACAAUCCGUCCUUAUAAACGUCGGAACCCUCACCCCAGAUUGGUUGCCGGCCAUGAAAGCUGCCGCCAGUGUAGCGAAUCAAUUGGGUAAGCCUUGGGUUCUCGAUCCAGCUGCCGUCGGGGCUUCUAGCUUCCGGUUAAAGGCAUGUCUUGAGUUAAUUGAACUUAAACCCACUGUUAUUCGAGGAAACGGCUCCGAGAUUAUUACUCUUUCCAUGGCUUCCAUUGGUUCCACCAAGGGUGCCGAUAGCUUGCACGAAUCCAGUGAUGCUAUUGAAUCCGCGAAAUCUUUAGCGAAAUCGAGCGGCAGUAUAGUUGCGAUUUCAGGAUCGGUUGACUUUGUUACAGAUGGUGAAAGAGUUGUCGGUGCACAUAACGGAGUUCCGAUGAUGCAAAAGAUAACGGCGAGCGGAUGUUCAGUCACUGCUCUGAUUGCUGCUUUUGUUGCAAUCGACCCAACACACGCUUUUGAAGCCACGGCAUCUGCGUUUUCUGUAUUUGGUUUGGCCGGCGACAUCGGAAUGGAAUUGGCAAAAGGUCCGGCGUCACUGAGAAUGCAUCUGAUUGAUUCCCUCCAUAGGCUCGAUCAAGACACUGUUCUUGAUCGUGUUACCAUCACUAGCUUCUCGUGAAAUUCACUGUAUGGCAAAAUGAAUUACCAAUCGUUUGUAGUUAUUAUUGUCUUGUUUGCUUUUGUUAAGUUUGAUCAUUAAGAUAGUUCAAGAUUGUUUCUUCAAAGAGCUGAGAGGAUGAACUCCAACAUAAGAAAGACUGUGUUGCAUCGAUAUAAGAUAUAAUAUACCAAUACUUUGGUUGUUAUAAUGGAUCAUUGUUUAAAUAAUGGUAAUAUUGAUCAAGUAAAAAUUACAAAUAAGAUGACGAUUUUUGUUCACACAAGCACACAUACACGCGUAUACAAACACGCAAAACUUUGUUGAACGGUUGAUUGCGGUCUUAAUAAGAAAGGUGCACAGUCAACCUCAACAAAGACUCGACCCCAUCAGCCACAAUUUGACCCGCGGGUAUAAGCGACCGAACCUCAGCAAAUCCGCAAGCGUGCAAAAACUUCCCGGUCCCACCCGUUAUCGACAAGCGGGACAUCGUGCUUCCAAUCUUGUACACUCCAAAAAAGUUAAUACUAUCACCAUACUCCCCUCCUUCCAUCACAGCCGUAAACGUCAUCAUUUGUCUACUUCCAUCUGCUGAGCUGGCAACAUACACACCUUGUGCUUUCCCCAAUGUCUGUGAACCCUGUUUAGCAUUAGCGGUCAACAAAUCAUCAAUCACUGUAAUCGUGCCGAACCCGAGCCCAAGCCCAUCGGGGCCCAAUUGGGCUGCGAUCUGGUUCUGAAUGUUGUUGUUGUUAUUGUUAUUGUUCAGGUUUGCGAACUGUGUUCCGACUAGGCCAGUUCCGAGUGGGAUUCCGUUUGGGUUGACGGUUGGAAUGGCUCCGUUGGCGUUCGGAAUCGCAAUUCCGCCCGACGGGGCACGGAAUCCGAUGCGUCUAGCGAACGGGACUUGACCGCUGUAAAUGUUGCCUAAGAGCCCGGUCACGGGUCUAGCUGUGGGGUUGCUUCCACCUAGGAUAUCGUGCAUGUAGAGCUCGAAGACGUGGACCCCGGGUUCGGGUGUGGGGUCGAUUGCUGAUACGUUUAAGAUUCUUAGAUGAAUGGUUGCUAUGACUAUGAGAAUUGUGAAUAUGGUUAUUGUUGAUGAAUGUUUUGACAUUUUGAGAUGGUUUGUGGGUUUUGAAGAGUUGUAGGUUUUAGAGGUUGUUUCUAUGA